AUGAAAGCUCUACUCCGCAAUAAGCAGGGCUGUUGGACGUGUCGCCUGCGCAAGAAAAAAUGCGACGAGGGCCGGCCCUACUGCUCGACUUGUGAUUCGCUUUCCAUCCCAUGCUACGGGUAUGGCCCGAAGCCCGAGUGGAUGGAUCAUGGUGACCAGGAGCGCGCCGUCGCCAAUGACCUCAAACAGACCGUCAAGCGCACGUCUCGGCGCAAGGUUCCCGUGGUCUUCCCGAGGCGAUCUGGUGCGGUCGCUAAGAUUGCACCGAAGCCGAUGAAUGGCUCGGGGGAGAGUUCCUCAUCUAGUCCUGUCUCCAAUGGCACGCAUGUUGUGAAUCCCCCUUCGGAUAAUGGCUCUUCGCAGGACGAGGCAGCUCACGUGCUGCUAACUGCGCUGGAUAGCUCUCCGGCGUCCCAGACCACUCAGGAUGAAUCGAUAGCGGAAUCCAUAUUCCCAUCAUCGGCGACCGAGUCGGUUUUGUUGAUGCACUUCUUAGAUAAUGUCUUCCCGCUACAGCAUCCAAUGUAUAAACCCGGCCCUUUUGAGGGAGGGCGAGGAUGGUUACUAGCUCUACUACUUCGGACAAAACCUCUCUACCAUGCCACUCUUGCGGUCAGUUCUUACCAUCGCCGGAAGAUGAUAUUUAACAUCCACCACCCGUGUCAGGUGGCUGGUUUGGUGGAGCAGGAGAAGCAUUUGGAGAUCUGUCUAAAGGAGUUUCAACAGGCAUUGAAAGCUGCCAGUUUGUCUUUGCAGAUGCUGUCUCUGGAUAAAAGUAAGGGGUUGGGCAUUGCGGCCUCGGUCGUCCAGCUGGUGUUCUUUGAGCUGUUCACGGGACAAGGGAAUGUAUGGAAAGUACAUCUUCGCGCAGCGACGAACAUGGUCUCAGCGGCUCAUGGCCAUCAUUUCAGUUGUUUCGGAAUGGAGGGAAGGUCCAGGCACAUCUUAGACGACGACCUCCCUCUACCGGAAGGAGAGCCUGUAGUGACAGAACAGGUGGUUUCUUUCAGAUUCCUGACGGGCACGAUACUUUGGCUGGACAUUAUCUCUUCCAUCACGGCAGGAACCGCACCGGAAUUGCUGUCCUGCCAUGCUACUGUGAUCGGACCGGAUGCGCAGAUUCAGCUCGAGGGUAUUAUGGGUUGUAAAAACUGGGCCAUGGUUCAGAUAGGUCGCAUUUCUGCACUGCACGCGCAUAAAGUGCAGGCCUUGCAGCACGGCAAUGCUCUCUGCUCGGAAUUUGAACAGACGAUCGGCGAUAUUCAGCGGGAUAUCCAGUGUGGCCUGGCCCAAGGAGGCUUGGAAGGGUUCAGUCUCUCAGACGGGAAUUCGAAGAUGUUCAAUGCUAUCUUGGACCCGUGCACCCUCGUCACCCAUGUGUUUGCUUGCAUGGCGUCGAUAUACCUCCACCUUGUCACGCACGAUUUCCAGGCCUUGGAACUAUUAGGCCCGACGAUUUCAGAGGUCAUGCGGAUCCUCCAAACUCAGAUUCCGCCCAAUGUGUUACCUAGCUUAGUCGCGCCGCUGUAUGUAAUCGGCACCGUCGCCCGAUCAGAAGACGAGCAGUUUUUCCGGAGUGUGUUCUCGUCGCCGAUAUUGCUGGAUCCGCUGCUGGAGCAUCGAGGGAAGGUUUUACCCAUUCUAGAAGAGAUUUGGAGGAAAAGAACGGACCCUCUCAGCCUCACGUGGGCAAGCACUCUGGAUCUAACCAACAACCUUCUACUUCACUGA